GGAAACACCUGUGGUUCUAGAAAAGUUUCCUUUCAGUGUAAAACCGCACCGCGUUACGUUGUGUCUGUACGGGAUUCACGGAACACUCCGUUGCAAGAUAUCACAAGGAACAAGAGCGAGCAAUCAACAAUAUACUAUUCGAUAACCGAAGACGUGAUUUUGCUUCACGGAAUUAAGUGAUCAAUCUAAACCCAAGACCGUAUUUUGUUCGCGAUAAGGAAGACCAAGGAACUCUGUUGUGGCGCUGAGAGAAAAUGUAUCUAGUGUCAACUCGAGGGAUCCAGUCAGCUAGCUGGGCGUCGGGGAGCAGGUGCAGACAAACGGCGGCGCGCUGGUCAGCUACUUGUCUGUUCCUCGUGUCCCUUCGUCUGCGACAGUGUCCAUCCCUUCACAGUGUGUGGUGAGAUCUCUAUGGGGAUCUGCACACCGGACUAAAAGUGUGUGUGGUCAUGGCAUGUCAUUAGAGCUGUGUGAGGAGAGAACGCCAGGUUGGUGCCGAGGCAAGAGAGGCGCCUGCCGCUGCAGGUGUUCUCAGCCCCUCGCUCUGGUGUUUCUCUUCGCCGUGGCCGUCGCUGCCUUCCACCUGAGUCUUGCCUUCCCGGCAGACCUGAGCUCUGAGGAGGAUAUCCCUAUUGUGAAGGAUCAACGAGUUUUGGAGGAUGACGGAAAGUUCAACUUUGAGAUUGAGACGGGCAACGGUAUCCGUAUGUCGCAGGGAGGUUCUCCUGACGGCGUUGACGGCGCCGUGAUCCACGCUGGCCAGUAUUCCUACACCGCCCCUGACGGCACCCUGGUGGAGCUGAAGUUCGUGGCCAAUGAGAACGGCUUCCAGCCAGAGUCUGCCCUGCUGCCCGUGGCCCCCGAGUUCCCCCACCCAAUCCCUCAGUUUGUGUUGGACCAGAUCGCCUUCGCCGCCCUGCAAGACUCCAAGGAUUCCGAUGAGGAUGAAGAUUGAGAUGAUACAAUAUUGACGAUCUUCAUUCAGUAUUAAACAUUAAAAUUAUGGUAUUUAUCUUCUAUGGUAUCAGUCAUUAGUAUGAAAUAAAUAUAAUGAUAGUA